AUGCCCGCGCUGCUGGCGGCCGCGGACGACAAGAAGGAUGGAGGCCAAGAGCCACGCCGCGUCAAGUCACGCACGGAAGGAGGCAGCACGGACAAGAAGCUCAAAGGUGUCAGCGAUCAAGGGCUACGUCGGUUCCUGCUCGUGAUGGUCAAGCAGCUCCUGAAGGUGGCGCAGGGGAUGCGAGAACUCGGAGGAUGCCUAUUCGACACUUGUCUCUGCCCUGUGGACGGGGCGGAGGCGCUGAAGAUGGCGGAGCAGACCCACAACUACGCGGAGGCGGUGAAGCGCGACGGGAAGGGUCACCUGCACGGAGCCCCCUACAUCUGGGCGUUCGCGGGCCUGCUGGCGGGACUUCGAGAACGCGGAGACGCAGUGGGCGCCCAGAACGCGAAGGGGAUCGUGGACAUGAUGGAGUGGCUCGACGCGCACGGCGUAGAGGACAAGAUGGAGAUGAUACGGAUGUGCCGUCUGGACAAGACGUACGACAAGGACAAGAAGCGGAUCACCUUUGUGCUGCGAGACGAGCGCUGGCGCCAGACGGUGAUUGCGUGCUGCGUGCAGGCGGGGAUGGAGCGCAAGCAGGGGAAGGCCCCAGCGUCGUUCAUGGAGAGGGAGCUCCAGGAGUACGUUGUGCAGCUGCUAGAGCACCAGACGCUGACGGGCCUGCACGUGGGCCUGAUGGUGAACGUGAGCCUGCGGCCGCUGCAGGCGAUUUUGCUGCUUUGCCUGUCGGCAGCCCCGCCGUUGCUCUGA